CGGGUAGCCGGGUGCCUUCUUUUUUUGAAGGGGGGGGCUCUUUCCAAUGGAAGGCGCCAUGCGGAAGAUCGGUUCGGAAGAGAGAUUUCGGAGGCUGAAGCAACACGGAGCGGCAGGUGUGUUUGGGACUUCUUGGAGACCCAGUGACCUUGUGUUAAUUGUUUUGUUGCCAGUCUUUGAUUCAGAGUAUCUUCCCUUCCAAAAAGGAGGUUUGAGCGACGUUUGAUCAACAAUUGGCUCCCUAUCUUGGGUGGACAUUUGUUAUAUUUGUUUAGAUUCAGUUCGUCACUUUUGUUUGCGUUUGCGUUUGCUGACUUCGUGGGAUGGCUCUUGCCCCCCCACCAUGUUCGUCCUCCUCGUCGCGAAGCCAUCAGUGCGGAUUCCCAGAGAAUGUUUGGUACAGGAUCUGGAUUGUAGCAGUCUCCUACCCAGUGUUCACCUGCAAAAUAAAGAGGACAACUGACAACUGCAAGUUGUUGUUCAAUGUUCUUUUGUGCUUCCAUGGCUUCUGCAGCUGUUUUUUGCUUUCAAGACAUUUGGAUUCUGCGAAGUGGUUUCUUGUUUUGGCCCAUUGGUGAGCACCGACCGUGAAUGAGGGAAAAAGCAUCCCUCAUCUCGCACGCAUCGGAAGAGCAAAUCCCGAACAUGUUGAAGAAUCUGGCCACCAAUUCCUUGGAGAGUUUAUUGGGUGGCUUUUCGAAGCAAGCCUUGGGCAUCAAAGACAGUGCGGACAGGGCAGCAGAUGCUGCGGACAGGGCAGCGGAAGCUGCCAGAACUGCUGCGACUGCAUGUGCCUUGAUCAUUUUUUUCAUUAUCUUUCCCAUCUUAUUGUUCAUUGGAGUACAUCUCUUUCGGAAAGACACGACGCCAAGCGAGUGUGCUGCACUGUGCCCCACGCGGAGCGAGCUCUUUUCACCCGAUUUGCGCGGACCGGAAGCACACGGUGCAUCGGGUGACGCCAAGCGAUCAGCCUUCGGAUCAAGUGACAGUUGUGUUCGCAGUCAGACAUAGACUCAUGCUCACGGCACCGCCUGCGAUGGAACAUGGGCAAAAACGGGUGCCGCUCCGCGAAUCGACUUGUGCUGGGCCUGGGCCAGGCUGCUUGAGCAGCUGUUGACAGCUCUGUUUCACCGGUUGCUCGUCGGCCCUUCUGUCCUUCGCACUCUGAGGUUGCGAAGAUAUCAAGAUAUCAAAGAUAUCAUGUGUUUGACUCACAGCUUAGAAAGACUGCCAUCCAUCAGACUGUAAGAAAGCA